GCCUGGUGGAGAUGACGGAGGUGGAGUACACGCAGCUGCAGCACAUCCUCUACUCGCACAUGGAGGCGGCCGACGGCGAGCUCGAGGCGCGCCUCGGCUCGGCGCUGCUGGCCGGCCCGGGCGCGGGCGCGGCGGGCGCGCUGGCCCCGGCGCCGCCCUUGUACCCGGUGCUCUGCCCGCCGCUGGCGGCCGACGCGCCCUGCCUGGGCCACGUCGACUUCCAGGAGCUGCGCAUGAUGCUGCUGGGCGAGGCGGGCGCGGCCGAGAAGACGCCGGGCGGCGCGGACGGGGCGCGGGCGCGGGCCGACGGCGCGGCCAAGGAGAGCGCGGGCUCCGCGGGGCCCGAGGGCGCGCCCGAGGCCCGGGCCAAGCCUGCCGUGCGCGUCCGCCUGGAGGACCGCUUCAACAGCAUCCCGGCUGAGCCACCGCCAGCGCCGCGCGGCCCCGAGCCCCCCGAGCCCGGCGUGGCGCUCAACAAUUUGGUAACUCUUAUUCGACAUCCAUCUGAAUUAAUGAAUGUUCCUCUUCAUCAGCAACAAAACAAAUGUACAACAUUAGUGAAAAAUAAAACCGCUGCAGCAACUACUGCUUUGCAGUUCACCUAUCCACUGUUCACAAGUGCCUGCUCCACUGGUGGAAAUCCCAGCCUUUCACAGACGCAGAGUUCUAGCAACUCAUGUUCUAUAUUGGAAGCUGCCAAGCACCAGGACAUUGGACUACCCCGAGCAUUUUCCUUCUGUUACCAACAAGAGAUUGAGUCCACAAAACAGACUUUAGGUAGCAGAAAUAAAGCUUUGCCUGAGCAGGUUUGGAUUAAAGUGGGAGAAGAAGCGCUAUGUAAACAAGCAAUAAAUAAGAGGAAUCGGAGUAGAAUUCGUCAGUUGGACACAAGUGUAGAACGGCGGGCCCUUGGAGAGAUUCAGAAUGUGGGUGAAGGCUCCACUGCUGCACAGGGUGCCUGGCAGUCCUCGGAGUCCUCGCAGUCUAACCUGGGGGAGCAGGCCCAGAGCGGGCCCCAGGGAGGAAGGUCUCAGCGUCGCGAGAGGCACAACCGGAUGGAGCGAGACAGGAGGCGCAGAAUCCGCAUUUGCUGUGAUGAGCUGAAUCUUUUAGUUCCGUUCUGCAACGCGGAGACGGAUAAGGCAACGACUCUCCAGUGGACCACAGCAUUCCUGAAGUACAUUCAGGAAAGACAUGGGGACUCUCUUAAAAAGGAAUUUGAGAGUGUGUUUUGCGGUAAAACUGGCAGAAGGCUAAAGCUGACCAGACCGGACUCCUUGGUGGCCUGUCCUGCACAGGGCAGUCUGCAGAGCAGCCCUGCGAUGGAGAUCAAGUGACGGACUGAACAGGGACCCUGGGAGUAAACAGCCGUUCCUGCGAUGCACGCACCUGUUCCACCACCCUGGAGCUCCACCCUGGUCGCCUGACAUGAGAAGGACCUGGCUCAAGUUGAUGGGACUCCAGUAGGGACUUUGGAAGCACAUUUUGUAAAAGUAUUUAUCUAGAACAAAAUACUUCUCCAUUAAUGUCCUCUUAGACCUUUUGGGGAUGAAGACAUCUUGAUAAUGAGUAAGUCAUUUUUCAAUUAUCUGUCUGAUUCCAUCAUGUUUUUUUAACAUGAUAACUUGAAAAAUUAACAUCCUUUCUAAUUUCUUUAGUCUUAAAAGGUACAUUGCUUUUUACUUAUUUUAUUUACAUUUUAAAAAUGCCCCCUUAGCAAUUGGAAGAAGGUAAAUUGUUCUUAACUACUAGUUUGGAAAUUUUAUUUCAUUUGUUAUAUCAUUCCCCCUUGUAAUUAUUUCCAGUCUCAUGUACUCUGUAUUGCAAAAUACAGUACUAUUUUAAAACUUUUGCCAAAAAAUUUCCAGAGACUUUCUUUAAAGCUACUUUUUUUCCAUAAAAAAUAAAACAUUUUCUCGGUAGAUUGCUUAAAUGCCCACAUUUUCAUAUUGCCAGUCAUUACUUUGCUUGUAAUAAACUGCAUGUUUGGAGCGGA